AUGCGUCUCACAACAACCGCCGCCGCCGCCAUUCUCCUCAGCGCAAGCGCCACCAUCGCCCAAGCCUGCUCCCCAGGCUUCUCCUCGAACCGCAACCUCUCUCCCGGCGACUACGCCUGGCUCUUUGCAGACUACAGCGUCGACGACGUGGCCGGCUGCAGCAGCCGCUGCGCCCGCCAGUGCACCGCCCCGGGCAAGAGAUACGGCGCCUGCAUGGGCUGCGCGAGGUGGAAAGGCAACCGCGAGGGCAGGAUGGACCUCCCGCCGUGCAGUAAGCCCGUCACGACUGCGAACGAUGAUGGGGAGUACGAGUGUCACGGGUACGGUGACGGGUUUUGGAAUUGUAUUACGCCGUGCCCUCCCGGGUAUGAGUCCAAGGAUCUGGGUCGUAUUCAAUGA